AUGUCUCUUUCACAAUAUGGCGUCGACGACGCAAAGGUACCGCAGCAACCUUUCCUUGCCGGCGAACGCCCUAGAGGACCGACCUUUCUCGAUACAACCGCAUGCCUUUGCAGUCUCCGUGCGCUGCCGGGACUGGAUAAGAUCGCUGAAGCCAACACGAACUUCAACAAUGGCCAAGCAGCAUGGCAAUGUAUCGGAAACCAAACCCAAGGUGUCUAUAACAUAACAACCGGGAAAUGGUAUGAAGCAAAGAACGGCAAAGGAUCACUGAAUCUGCCUAUGGAAGAUGCUUCGAACCCACCUGUUGGUGAAGAUCUUGUCUGGAACUCCAAGAGCCGAACUCUCGAGCCAUUGAAGGACAAGAACACUCUUACAGUCUACGAUCGUGACUGUACCGGAACCAACAGAUCAAGUUUCUCCACAAGCUUCUACAGAGCCACCAACCAGCUCUUGAACGAUCAGCUUCCCAUUGACGCGGCACCGUGCUGGAGACCUGGUGCUCUUCCCCUUCAAUUACAGAAUGUAUCUUCGUGGCAGAGCGAAGGGUGCAAAGAAGGAUUCCUUUGCCAAAACAACACCAUCAACUCGUUGCCCCAAUCCUGUCCUCCUUAUCGAGAAUGCACCGUUGCACGUCUUUCGGGUAUGACUUGUUCGUUCAACGGCUCGAAUUGGGGCAUGGGAGUCUUCGAGCCAGUCGUUUGCCAGCAGGGCUACUAUUGUCCUGUCGAAGACAAAGGUCUAAAGAAAAUCCGUUGCCCCGCAGGUUCAUAUUGCCAGCCUGGUUCUUCUAAGCCAACGCCCUGCAAUGUUGGCAGUAGUUGCCCAGAGGGUGCCACCUUCCAGCGCUAUUUCAUCCCGGUGAUAAUCAUGGUUAUCGUCGAUGUCCUUCUCCUUGUAGGCAUGUUCACCUUGAUGUUCCGCUCACGAUGGCAGAAAACAUCAAAGGCGCAUGCCGGUAUGUUGAAGAGACAUAAUACCAUGAGAGCUGUCAAGGCUACAAUCACUGGAGGUGGGUACAAGGAGCUGUCGAACGAUGUCGAUAAUGAGACGGCUCCAAUGCAACCUAGCUAUAGUCCUCAGUCGCCCUACGGACACAACUUCCGUGAGGGUCGCGCCCGAACUGGGUUCGAAGCUUCCCUCAACCGAAACAGCGUUUACAGCUCAGAAGCGGAGAAGAGAGAACUAGAAGCCAACCCCCAACUCAGAGCUUUUGUCGAGUCUAUGCGAAGAGCAACUGAAGCCACCAACUUUGGUCUUUCCUUCAGGUACUCCGAUCUUGUCUUCCAUCCCAAGAAGAGCCCCAAGCCUAUCCUCCAGAACGUGACUGGUUCCAUCGAGCAAGGUCAACUUGUGGCUGUCAUGGGCGGAUCAGGAGCCGGUAAAUCUACUUUCGUUAAUGUCUUGAUGGGUAAAACGAGCAACACAGGCGGCAUCGUUGCUGUCAACAAUACUCCAGGCAAGAUGAAGCAGUACAAGAAGCUCACGGGCUACGUGCCUCAAGACGAUAUCGUGUUACCUGAGUUGACUGUGUAUGAGAAUAUUAUUCACUCGGCCCGGAUUCGACUUCCUCAUAACUGGACAUCGAAGGAAAUCGAAGAUCAUGUUGAGGCUGUCAUCGAUUGUCUAGAGCUGUCACACGUCCGCGAUUCCCAGGUUGGUAGUGUCGGUAAGCCAGUCAUCAGUGGUGGUCAGCGGAAGCGUGUAAGUAUCGGCAUGGAACUGGCAGCAGCGCCUAUGGCUAUCUUCCUUGAUGAACCUACCAGUGGUUUGGAUGCAACUGCAGCUUCGUCCAUCAUGCGUACACUCAAAGCUAUCGCAAGACUCGGUAUUUCCAUCAUUGUCAUCAUUCACCAGCCCCGAACCGAAAUUUUCGAUCUAUUUGAUAACCUUAUCCUCCUUGGCAACGGACAGACCAUCUAUGAAGGUCCCCAGAGCGAGUCGCAGACUUAUUUCGAGAGCAUGGGAUUCCAAUUCCCCGAGCACAGCAACCAUGGUGACGUGAUCACGGAUAUCGUUACUGGUAACGGUCGAGAGUACAACAGCAUGGGCGAUGUGUCCAAGGAAGCCCUCAUUUCUCACUGGGCAAAGAUGCGCCAAAACAAGCAAGAAGAGGCUUAUGAACGCAGAAGCAUCCGAUCCACGAUGCUGGGUGAUACAGGCAUGCGUCAAGCCCUCAAAAAGCGUGGUGCACCUUACUAUAAGCAAGCUUGGCUUUGUCUGUGUCGUGCUAUGCUUCAGCAAUACCGGGCGAGAGCUGCUUUCUUUGCCGAGAUGGGUCUUGCUGUGCUAGCAGGCGCCCUGCUCGGUCUCGCCAACAAUCCCAAAAAUGGAAUCAUGUUUACUGGUCUGUUCCACGAGCCUUACGAUGUCCUUUCAACCUCGAUCGACUUCAUUUCUGCGCCAAACUUCGCUCUCCUGAUCGCCAUUGCCAUCGGCCUUGUUGCAGGUGCUCCUGGUGUCAAGCUCUUCUCUGAAGAGACUCUGCUAUACAGGAGAGAGGCCGAAGCAGGCCACUCGCGACUGGCCUACUUCCUUGCCAAGGUUAUCUCAGUCUUUCCUCGUAUGGCUCUUGGAUGUUUGCACUUCACCGUGCCGCUGUUCCUGCUGUCGGUACCUAUCGUGGACUGGGGCCUGGCAUUCCUCACAAAUGUGCUGUACUUCUACUGCAUUUAUGGUCUGGCAAGCAUCAUAAGCAUGGUUGUCCGCCGAGAAGAUGCACCAUUGUUUGCGACCAUGAUUGCCCUCAUCACUGGUAUUCUCUCCGGUGCCGCGCCUCCGUUAGCAUCCGUUCGAGGUUGGCAUAUGGAGUGGUUGUGGCGAGCGUCUCCUGCGACAUGGUUGGCGGAAUUGUAUUUUGGACAACUCGUGGCACCUUUCUCGUAUCUCUACUCCGUUGACAUCGCAGCCGAGGUCACUGGAUAUCAUCUCGACCGCAAGUGGCUCAACAUUGGUGUUUUGGUAGCAAUUGGAACGGCUUAUCGAGUGCUUGCCUUUGCCGGUAUGGUUCUUGGACAUCGGCUAAGGAGAUAG